UUAGCCACCGAGGCCGAGUGCGUGGAUGGUGAUCCAUCCACAUGACGGUCACGGCUGCAGCUCUGCGCGGUACCGGCAGGCGUGCAAGAGAUCGGAAUUAUUACAGCAUUUUCCCUCGCCAAGUCGACAGUUUUUGAAGCCUUGGCUAAUUCGCCCCCGAAGAUGAGGUUAAACAGGGGUUGCCGCCAGGUGCAAAGCCGCAUCCGAUGGAGUCGUGCUUUGUGUCUCGUCCCUCCGUCAACCCCAUGCGGCACUUCCUCGCGUUAUUACGCUCGCAUUUGACAGAAUCUGAUAUGGACUAUGAGAGGCCCAACGUUGAAACCAUCAAGUGUGUGGUGGUCGGAGACAACGCCGUCGGAAAGACCCGCCUUAUUUGCGCUAGGGCCUGUAACGCUACACUCACACAGUACCAGUUACUGGCGACGCACGUGCCUACUGUCUGGGCUAUAGACCAAUACCGAGUAUGCCAAGAGGUGUUAGAGCGUUCUAGAGAUGUGGUGGACGAUGUCAGUGUUUCCCUUCGACUUUGGGAUACUUUCGGAGACCACCACAAGGACAGACGUUUUGCAUACGGCAGGUCUGAUGUGGUGGUACUGUGCUUUUCCAUUGCCAAUCCUAACUCUCUGUACCAUGUGAAGACCAUGUGGUACCCGGAGAUUAAACACUUCUGUCCCCGUGCGCCGGUCAUCCUGGUAGGCUGUCAGCUGGACCUACGCUACGCAGACUUGGAAGCGGUGAACAGAGCACGGAGGCCUUUGGCCAGACCUAUUAAAUCCAAUGAGAUACUUCCUCCAGAGAGAGGUAGGGAGGUGGCCAAAGAGUUGGGAGUACCAUAUUACGAAACCAGUGUUGUCGCUCAAUUUGGAGUUAAGGACGUCUUUGACAACGCUAUCCGAGCUGCGCUCAUAUCCCGCCGCCACCUACAGUUUUGGAAGUCCCACCUUAGAAACGUGCAGCGGCCGCUCCUUCAGGCGCCCUUCCUGCCGCCGAAACCCCCACCCCCCAUAAUCACUGUGCCGCCUCCCCCGACGACCACAGAGGAGCACCCGGUCGGUCUUCUGGAGGACCCACACUGUGCUGACGUCAUCCUGGUGCUCCAGGAGCGGCAAAAGAUUUUUGCACACAAGAUCUACUUAUCGACAUCGUCCUCAAAGUUCUACGACCUCUUUAUCAUGGAGACCCAAAACGAGGAGACGGAACGGCCCUCUCGCGGUCCACUCUCGGGCAGAGAACUGUUGAUGCGUGCAGCGAGUUUCGACGUGUGCGAGAGCAGUGACGAAGGAGACAGGGCCAACUUGAGAGCAUGUACCAGUGACGGAACCCUGAAAGACUCGCAGGGAGGCAGGCGGGGGCGCUUGCUUUCCUCCUGGAGCCGAGCGUUUGUGAGCAUUCAGGAGGAAUUGGUGGACGAUCCCAUCACGUACAGCCCCAGGCCCAUGACUGUGGUGCACAUGGACCAGUCCAUGCAACUGGGACCCUUUCGAGCAGUGCUUCGCUACCUGUAUACGGGCCAGCUGGACGAGAACGAGAAAGAGCUUAUGCACAUUGCCCACAUCGCCGAGCUGCUUGAGGUGUUCGAUUUGCGCAUGAUGGUGGCAAACAUACUCAACAAUGAAGCCUUCAUGAACCAAGAAAUCACCAAAGCCUUCCAUGUACGCCGAACAAACCGGGUCAAAGAGUGCUUGGCUAAAGGAACCUUCUCUGAUGUAAACUUCAAAUUAGACGAUGGAACCAUUAUGGCCCACAAGCCUCUGCUCAUCUCAAGUUGUGACUGGAUGGCAGCUAUGUUUGGUGGACCUUUUGUGGAGAGUUGCACCAAAGAGGUUCUGUUUCCCAACACCACUCGCAGCUGUAUGAGGGCUGUGCUGGAGUAUCUUUACACGGGCCGCUUCUGUUCUCGUUCUGACCUGGACGCAAUGGAACUUAUUGUUCUUGCCAAUCGUCUCUGCCUCCCCCACUUGGUUGCACUCACAGAACUCUACACGGUAACAGUGCUGACGGAGGCAGCAAUGAUGGGUGCUGACAUUGACGGAGAGGUUUUGGUUUAUCUUGACAUGGCUCAGUUUCAUGGAGCCCAGCAGCUGACUGGCUGGUGCCUUCACCACAUCUGUACUAACUACAACAGUGUUUGCCGCAAGUUCCCCAGAGACAUGAAGGCCAAGUCUGCAGACAACCAAGAUCACUUUGAGAAGCACCGUUGGCCGCCAGUGUGGUUCCUGAAGGAGGACGACCACUACCAAAGAGCACGCAAGGAACGCGACAAGGAGGACUACUUGUACCAGAGACGGCAAUGUAAACGCAAGUGGCUCUUCUGGAACCUUCCUUCUGCUCCCAACUCGAACUCUUCUUCUUCUAGUUCAUCUGCUGUCAUCUGAGAACGUGAAGGUUUGUGAUGACGAGAGGAAUGGACAUACAGCUAAAUUAUUGACUGUCGUCGUGCACUUUUUCCUCUUCUUUGUUUAGUCAAGAUAUGGAGAUCAGCUUAAUUUGUCUUUUAGAUCUAUUUAUUCAAAGAAUUACAAGGUGCACACUGGAUUGAAGUGUCAGCACAAAAAUAAAAACGGUUUAAAACAGAAUAUAUACAGUAUAAGAACAGUAUGAUCACAGUCAUCGUCUAAGCUGAACUGAUAACCAAGUGCUGCUUAUCAGCUGUAACAACCAGCAAAUCAACACAGAACCUGAGUCUCAGAGAUUUAGCACUUUGCCCUUAAGUGUUUGUACAAUCUACCACACAAUGAGUACAGUUCUUCAUCAACAACUACAGGGCCGCCGCUUCAUAGACCAUACCAACUGGAGUUGUGUCUACAGUGAAUGUGACACUAUUGCCACAUGUGUUAUCUUUCUUGGAUGUUUGUAUUCACCUUGUAGAGCUAAAAGUGAGUAAUACGUGUUGUGAUCUUGUCCGUGGCCACAAAAGGGCUGUCGUUUACAUGAAAGCAUGUUGUGUCCUGAGAGACAACCAGAGGUGGGUAGUAACGCAUUACAUUUACUCCGUUACAUUCACUUGAGUAACUUUUUGAGAAAAAUGUACUUCUAAGAUUAGUUUUACUAAGCCACACUUUUUACUUUUAGAUGAGUAGAUUUGUGAAAAAGAAACUCUACUCUUACUCCGCUACUUUGGGCUACACUGGUCAUUACAUGUUUCCUCUUUAUUCUACGAAUUAGAUUUUACUUUGUUUUUUCAGCAAUGCCAACAGUAGCUCUACCAGUUUCACCAAUUAGACAUCGCAACAAUAAUCACAUAAUUGAAAUAUACCAAUCAGACUCAAGCUUGCCAUUCGAAGAUCAUGCUGACCAGUUCAAUCAUGUGGCGUCUUUUUUUUUUUUUUCUUUUAAACCUGUUCUGUUCAGCUGUUUGACACGGAGAAUGGAAGUGUAAAUGUCCGGUUGGUCUGAACAGUUUUAAUGUUUCACAUUGGAGUAUGACAUACUCUGAUUAUGAUCAUUCAACAUACCUUGUUUAUUAAGACAAAGCAGCAAACAGGAAGAGUUUAUGGGGGAACAGAAGAAAAGAAGAAACACAACAACAAGAAAUACAUUGAAUGCCUACACUAACUAUGAAUAUGUUGGUGCUAUCAUCAGCUAGAUGUAUUUCCGGUUGACAACAUGUGGGGGGCCUGUUGACAAGUGAAAGGGGGGGGGGGUGCGAUAAGUGAUUGGGAGGGGUGGAGUGUACACAAAUCAGCUCUGUGAUCUAGAAACCAGUAAUCGUGUGAAUCCCCUGUGAGUGUAAGCCCGUUGACAACCGACCCUACUCUGCCCCACCGGCAAUCCCGGCACCGAGGCCCCCCAGCCGAGUGGGACUAACCACAUCCAGCCGUGUGUGAGCCCCAUCAAACAUGCGACAGCUAUGCAGACGAGCGGAGACGCCACGCAGACGCCACCCCAGGGCCACGGCCCCCACCAAGCCAGCUCGGGGAGGGAGGGCGGGGGUGGAGGAGCCAGCACAGCCCAUCCCUCCUCCUGCAGCCCAGCAAAGGGUCCAUCGUCACCCCCCAGGAAUCUAGGGUGGUCCCCCAGGCUACCCGCACCCCCAUCAGCUGGCCUUCAGGGAUGGGAAGACGCACCACCAACCCUCACAAUAACCCCCAACCCCGUCCGCUCUUGAGCCACAGCCGCGGCCCCUCAAUCGGUACACCGCACCAUGGGACCCCCAACGGCCCACCAAGCCCAAGGCAGGGUCCCCCGCCGGAGCAGGCGACACUCAGCCGACACACCGGGGUCCAGCCAGCGACCCGCGACGGAGCGCAGGGCGGGUACCCAGGCAGAGAAGAGAGGGGAAGGCGGAAGCAAGAGAACGCCCCGGGAGCCACGCCAAAGAGAAAAAGUGUGGCACCCGACUACCACCUUAUUACUGUGGCAGCCAUUACCCAGCACCGUGAUGUGAUUGUGUCGGGAGGGUAGUGCAAUGUAUGCAUUAAAAUAGGAGAACUCGGCUUGGGGCAUCGGGACCGCUGCGUGGAAAUUCUACCCAGCCGUCCAUCCUACCGCUCUUUGCUGGAGCUCCACGGUGGAGUAUGAUGUGUGUGGUGUGUGGCGUCUUUAAAGCACCGUAAAAAAAAAAAAAAAAAUGGAGUGCUGCCCUCAACCUGACUCGAAAGCGUGGAUUUUAACCUCUCUCCCAGUUUUUAUUUAGAACCCAUUGACCACGGAAAACCGGAGAUAUGGUCCUUUUAUAAUAGAAAUUAUAAAGAAGCUAUUUAACUAUUCAAACUAGGAACUAUUUUCUCCACUAUAGGGGACUCAUGCUUUAGUUCUGCAGAUUUUAAUCUCUAGCCGGAAUUCAAUGAAUCCCCCCCCCCCCCCCCCCUUUGGCUUAAUGGGGUUAUGUAAUAGGUUAAAGUACUGUAUAAUAACAGUUCAUAUACUGUAGAUAACUUUGUGCUGAGAAAAAAUAGCAUUGUUCUAAAAAAAAAAAAAAAAAAAAAAAACAACCAUUGUAAGCAAUUACUUACAAUGUUACUUAUUAUUGGAGUAUAUUUUUCACCAAAUACUUUUUUUUUUUACAUGUAUGUCAGUACAUUUUGAGGAUGAUUACUUUUUCUCUUACAUGAGUAAUAUCAUUUUGAAAUUACUUUAGUAUAUCUUUUGGCUACUCUACCCACCUCUGGAGACAACAGACCCUGAAUUAUCUGUAUUUUCAGUCAAAAGUGAUCAGAUCACUUCUAUCACCACAGAAAACGAAUUAAUCAGUAACUGUCAACCCCGGAUGCUUAAUUAGUUACACACCAAGACAGUGUCAUUUAAAGCUGCUGCUAUUUACGGUGAUUUGUGUUUCUUGCACUAUUUGUUUAAGAUUGUCAUACGUAUGUUGUAUGUGAUUGCAUCGCAACAGUUUGUGAUAUUCAGUGAACAAAAGGGGAUUGUAAAUUGUAUAUUGAAUGUUAGAUUAAGUGCGUUAGUUUAAUGUGCAGUUACCUUGUAUUGUGCACUGCAGGCAGUGAGCAGAACCGCACACUAUAAAUGAUUAAUAUAUCACGGAAUACAGACUUGACUAAUCGUUUAUGUGCAGCUACUUAACGUUGUGGGAAAAUGACCCAAUGACUAAUUUUGCUGGCCUCCAAUUACAUCACUACUACUGUUUUAUACUGUACAAUAACGGCAUUGUAGACAAGUUUAAUGUACAAGCGCACUGCAAUAUAGAAAGGUCUAUUAAGGUCACACAUUUGAAUUCAUAAAAUAUUUUUAGGUUUUGGCCUUUUCAUUGUGAAAUAGGGGUGGGAACCUAUGGGUAGCUGACGAUGCGAUACGAUACGAUUUGCGAUAUAAGGCUCAUGAUAACGAUGAUCUCAAGAUAUGGCGAUACAGCAAUUAUCAAUACAUAGAAAAAUAGGCUAUUUUUACCCUUCAGCUGCGAAUUGGAAUGAGUUUAUCACGAGUAGACAUCCCAUUCACUGCCAUCCCUCCCAGUUCAAAUGGAUUGGACAUCUAUCGCCGUCAGUGGCAGCCAUUGCUAGGCAACCAGUUCAUUUUGGAUCAUUUGACUUCAUUACCUGUUGAUUUUGGUCACUUCCUUUUCAUUUUGGGGCAUUAAUGGGUCACUUCCUGUUGAUUUUGGGGCAUUUACAGGUCACUUCCUGUUGAUUUUGGGUGACUGAAAAGGAAGUGACUCAAGAAUGUCCCCAAAUGAAUAGGAAGUAAUCCCGGUUUUACACCAGACACCGCUGCAACACAUCAGCGCAGAAGCAUUCCAGCAAUUUUUUUUUUCUUAAUUUUUGCGUGGCACUUUAACUUGAGAGAAUAUAGGAUUUUAAAACCGUUCAUAUGAAAAAAAAAAAGAUUAAUUGAGGCUUUUGAUUUUGAAAACACUUGCUAAAAUCUUUGUCAUAGCUUCUCAUGAGCACAGGUCUUUUUUCUUAUUUCUUCCAGAAACAAAGCUAACCAACACGCUUUAUCUUAAAGGCAACUGGUUGUUGUAUUGUUAUCUUUAAAUACCCGGUACUCUUGGACUCGCAGUCUUGCAAUCCUCGCGUGAAUCGAUCGAGCCGCUCCACAGAUGCUCUGCUCGUAAAACGCAUUUUGUUGAAAUUGGUUGAAAUAUCAGCAAUGCGUCGGCGAUGUUGACUCGCCUGGUGUAAAACAGGGGUGACUCAAAAUCAACAGGAGGUAACCUGUAAAUGCCCACACAAGACUGGCUGUGAAUACUCAUUGUCUAGCGCCGUCAAUGGCAGCCAGUUAGCUAACGUAGACACUAUUCUAACGGAAAAUUUUGGAAGCAACCUGUUGGUUUUUUCAACAGUGGCACUAUAUACAGUAUAUAUCGAUUCUUUGCGGGAGCGUAUCGAUGAAAUUUUGGGCUACAAAGUGUCACGAUAUACAGUAGUACCUCUACUUAUGAACGUCUCUACAUACAGAAUUUUCAGGUUAAGACAUGCCUCAACGGGAAAAUAUUACCGCUUGUUACGAAAAGAAACCCAGGAUAUGAAAGGCAAAAAGACAGUAUGGCUGGUAAUCGCAGCCAUAAACAUAUUUGUAGCUGCUCCGCUAUUGCCUAGCAUUCCCGGCAUCCAAUAGGCUAAAAGGGACUGCUACUGUAUGUGUGUAUCCCAGCGUCCUCUUCAUUCGCCUCUCGUGUUCCAACAGCUUUACAUAAGUGUAUUAACUUUUAGUGUGCACAACUCUGAUUUUAUGUUUAUUUGGCUAUAAUAUAAUUGUAACAUGUAUUUGUUAUAUGUUUUGAUGCAUUUCUAUGCAUUAUAAAAGAUUUAUGUCUGAAUUUUGGGGGCUUGGAAUGGAUUAGGGCAUUUACAUGGAAAACACAUCUCUACUUAUAGAAUUUUCAAGUUACGAAACUACUUCCAGAACAAAUUAAUUUCAUAAGUAGAGGUACCACUGUAUUACUUUCUAGAUAUAUUGUCACACCCCUAUUAUGAAAUACGAUUAUCUAAUUGUUUCUACACUUAAUGAAUAAGGUAUUCCUUAGCAGAAUAGAAAUAAACUUUUGUCAACCAUGGUCAGAUGUUACAAGAUGAAACAACAAUACUGGUUCCUUUAUCUGUGUAUUAUUCGUUCAUUGCAUAUUUGUAUUAGAAUCUAAAAUUGGAAAACGGGUAACUACUUAGUAUUUAAUUUCUUAUUUUCAAAUCAAAAAAUCGGAAAAACAAAUCAUGGCCGAUUUUUCUCUGUUUUGAUUUUGUUUUGAAAUUAAAAAUAGAUUAUGAUUUCAUGGAGUAACAUGGUAUUUUUAUUCUAUUUGUUUUUGGUUUGUAUCAUUUAUUAUGUGUUUUGACCUGCAAGUUGUUGACGUUUUACGUGAGACUUUAUCUACCGUUUUAUCUUCCGUCCUAAGUGUGACACGCUUUCCCUCUUUAAAAAGCACAUAUACCUUCACCAUCCUUGACAAAAACGUUAAUUAAUAAUGUUAAUAACAGUAAAACUUUAGCAAUUGUGCUGCUGGAUUCACCAAUCAAUGGAAUCACCCAGUAGAAACGGACCGACCUUCCUGAGGGGAAAAAAAAAUGUCAACAACCUCUGUGUCACAGCAUAUCAAAAAUGAUACAUGGUACAUGAUAAUUCCAUUCUCAAACUCUAUUUUUAAUUUCAAAAUAAAUAUAAAAAAGCGAAGAAUAGGCCGUUAUUUGUUUUCCAAUUUUUGAUUUGAAAACGAGAAAUGAAAUAUCAAGUCGUUAACCGUUUCCCGAUUGUGGACUCUAAAACCAAUAUGGGAUCAAGGAAUGAUACACUGAUAUUUCUUCUCAUUGUUCUACUAUGAAAAGCAUGUAUUUCCAAUCUUUAAACAUCAAUUCAUACUUUGUGUUUCAAAUACAAAAGGGAAAAAAACUGACAAAAUACAUGCUUUUCAUUUAAUAAAAACAAUAUAUGCACUGUAUGUGAAAACCAGUUGUAACUCUAAUCAGCAGUAAAAUAAGUAAUGUUAAGAUUUCUCCCCCCAGUGGUGGGUUUCGUACAUAAACAUGCAUUUAUCGCCUCAGCACAUUGCUUUUCAAGAGUUUUCUGCUAAUUUAUUGCAUCAAAGGACACCUCACGCCUUAAUGUACAGUGUCAGUGUAUGGUAUUGAAUGUAAAGUAGUGUUGCUUUGUGGAUAUCAAUGUUUAUAUUUUAAAAUGUGGAUGUCAAAGAAUUUAUCAUUGUGCUAGUCUGAACGUUGCAUAUCUUAUUGAAAGCUCACGACACAAAAUUUACAAUCCUGGUCAAGACUAAGCUAUGUUAAAAAAAAAAAAAAAAAAAAACAGUUUGCCACAGGGAUCUAAAGUUAAUGUAUUCCAUUCAAGCAAGAAUUAUUCAAUGAAAAACUAGUAUGGCCAUGGGAAAUAGACUGGAAGUCAUAAUUGUAAAUAAUCGCAAGUCGUAUGAUCUAUUGCAUAGUUUAAUGUUUUUCUACUAUGCAUAUUGAAAUGUCUGACUUUGAAACUUGCACUGCUUUACCAGGUCCUCUUUAAAUGACACGAAUAAUUAGAUAUGUAGGCAACAUCAGGUUUAAUGAAAAGAAGAAAAUAUGAUCAAAUUCUUCUUAGGGCCCUUUUCAUGUGUUUGGGUGCUAAUAUUGCCGCUGCGGAGAAGCACAAACCAAAGGGAGCUUAAGCAGCACCAGGAGUACAUCAAUAUGUAUAUGCUGCACAAUCACUACUGCAUAGUUUUAUGAGGCCUUGUUUGGAAAUUGUGAAGAAAAAAAAGAGAAACCUAAAAAAAGAACUUGAAUGUUUUCUCAGUGUUUAAACCCUAGAUGACAUUUUCCGUAGUCAUCGGGUGGUUUUGUUUCUCAAAAAUGCUAUUUGUAAUGUUUAUUGAUCUGGAAUUCUGUAGCAUGUGUUCUUGAAAAUAUGUAAAAAGAAUUUACUAAAUAAAACAUGGACCAUCAUUUGCAGUUUGUGUGUGUGUGGGUGAACAGUCUUUAAGCCUUUACUGGUCAAGUGCAUAUUUUUGGUAAUUAAAACAACAACAACAAAAGAACAAACAGAACUUCAUAAAGACCUGGCGUCCACAUACACGAACAUCAAAUUUUGGCUAAUGUCCGUCAAAAUAUUAGCAUUAAGGUAUACAAAUGUGGUCUACAUGGCCCUAAAUGUGAUGUCCACAAAUGUGGACUUCAUGUCUCACAUAUAGUUAUAUUAUUUGUUAAUUAUUAAUCAUUAUCAUUUAGAUUUUUUUUUUAAUGAAAACUAGGACUCUAAAGUUAAUUGUUAAUAAUAACAACGUAAUAACUAUAUAUAUGUGUGUGUGUGUGUAUGUGUGUGUGUGUAUA